GGGACUGAAAUUGUUCAUCAAGCAUAGAAACAGAGAAAAAAGAUGGGUGAGGAGCUUAUUGAGCUUAAGUUCCGCAUUUAUGAUGGGACAGAUAUAGCACACAGCACUUAUGCGUCAUCUAUGACUGUUGCAAAUCUUAAGCUAAAGAUUGUUGCGGAGUGGCCCCGAGACAAAACAAUAGCACCAAAAUCAAUAAAAGAUUUGAAACUUAUACAUGGUGGUAGAGUUCUGGAAAACAACAAAACUCUCGCUGAUUCCAAGAUAACAAUUGGGGAUCUUCCUGUUGGUUUUAUCAUAAUGCACGUGGUAGUACAGCCAGCUAAAGGAAAAAAUAAGACAGAAAAGAGCAAGGAGGAUAUGCAGAAGCUGAAUUCAUGCGGGUGUGUUAUUCUUUAAUCCAUAAGCAUUUUACCUAACGGUUGACAAAAGAUGUUACCUUUUCACAUUUAUUCUCAAUUAGUUUUUGCUUUUGAAAUGGUUUUGAUCAGUAUAAUGGAUACCUUGUCAGUAUG